CUUCACCGAGGCCUCCCCCCCCUCUCCUCCCCACCACCUCUCCUUUUCCACAUCGACCCUUCCUUCUUGUCCUUUUCUGAAAAGUGCUCAAUUGAGCAUCCACCAAGCCAGCACUUGAGUCUGACAACUGGUCCUGAGUGGCUUCCAGCGCCACCACUUGCGCCUGAAGACAUGUGGCAUCCGGUGGCAUCACCUGGAACUGGAGCGAGCCCUGGAAGGGAAAUAGGUUAUGGUCACUACUCGACAGGGCAAAUGAAUACAGCCCACACCCAUCCUCCUCCGAUGGGUGGCAUGGUGGGCCACCCAUCAGUCAUCAGUACCUCUAGGCCCUUACCAUCCCCCAUGUCCACCUUGGGCUCACCAAUGAACGGCCUGGCCUCUCCCUAUUCCGUUAUUACAUCUUCUCUGGGCUCGCCCUCUGUAUCGCUGCAGUCUACUCCCAACAUGAACUUUGGACCACUCAGCAGUCCACAGAUGAACUCUAUGAACAGUGUUAGCAGCUCAGAGGACAUCAAGCCUCCGCCGGGCCUACAGAACCUGGGAAACAUCAACUACCAAUGUACGAGCCCGGGGGGGAUGUCAAAGCACAUCUGUGCCAUUUGUGGGGACCGCUCCUCAGGAAAGCACUAUGGUGUGUACAGCUGUGAGGGAUGCAAAGGUUUCUUCAAGAGGACCGUCCGCAAAGAUCUCACUUACACGUGUCGAGAUAACAAAGAGUGCCCGAUUGACAAGCGCCAGCGAAACCGCUGCCAAUACUGUCGCUACCAGAAGUGCCUGGCCAUGGGCAUGAAAAGAGAAGCGGUGCAGGAAGAGAGGCAACGUGGGAAAGAGCGAGGUGAGAAUGAGGUAGAAUCCACCAGCAGUUUCAAUGAGGAAAUGCCUGUGGACAAGAUCCUGGAUGCUGAGUUGGCUGUUGAACCCAAAACAGAGACAUACAGCGACGGCAGCCCCGGGAACUCAACCAAUGACCCUGUCACCAAUAUCUGCCAAGCAGCAGACAAACAGCUUUUCACCUUGGUGGAGUGGGCGAAAAGGAUCCCGCACUUCUCCGAGCUCCCCCUCGAUGACCAGGUCAUCUUACUACGAGCAGGCUGGAAUGAACUACUCAUCGCCUCUUUCUCACAUCGCUCGGUCACGGUAAAAGACGGCAUCCUGCUGGCAACAGGUCUUCACGUCCACAGAAGCAGCGCCCACAGUGCUGGAGUUGGCUCCAUCUUUGACAGAGUCCUGACAGAGUUAGUGUCUAAAAUGAAAGAUAUGCAAAUGGAUAAGACGGAGCUCGGCUGCUUGCGAGCGAUUGUCCUCUUCAAUCCAGAUGCAAAAGGUUUGUCUAACCCAUCAGAGGUUGAGGGGCUGAGAGAAAAGGUCUAUGCAUCACUGGAGUCUUAUACAAAACAGAAGUACCCAGACCAGCCUGGCAGGUUUGCCAAACUGCUGCUGCGCCUGCCUGCCCUGCGCUCCAUCGGCCUCAAAUGUCUGGAGCAUCUGUUCUUCUUCAAGCUAAUUGGGGACACGCCUAUUGACACCUUUUUGAUGGAGAUGCUGGAAGCUCCGCAUCAGAUCACAUGACACAAGUCUCCCCCUUUCCCUUGUACAUACUCCCACAUCAUGAGCAAUAUGAAGAUGGAAUUAAAAAGACUUGAUUAAAAUGUAAAACAGCUUAUUUUGUACCCGUAAAAAUGUGACUGAAAUUUUUGAAAAAAAAAAAAAAAUGUGGUUGUGGGGAGGGUGCAGUCAUAACACAGAGGAUUGAGAAUAC